AGUGCGUCAGGAGUCCCAUGCGGCUCAGGUUCACUCUACAGCUUUGAUCUAGGGCGCUAAACGCGAUCAGACUUAGGUGAAGUGAGAACGAAGCAGACGGGAUUUUCUAUUCUCUGCAACUUCCUGGGAGUGCUGUGGUCGCCACCCAGAAAUGCAGCUUUUGAAAGGUCAUUUUCUCCUUCCUCAUUGAUUUGCUGUCCUGAAAUGGCACUACCUCUGAAGACCACUUGGAGCAUAUGGAAAGUCUGGCCGGCUCUGGCAAGACUUGAAACAUGUGAAGAUAUUCCUGUGAUAUUGCCGUUACUCUAGGAAGAAACUCCUUUUUACACAGAGACACUCAUCUGCAGGUGUUUCUCCUGGGCAUGGGGAGAGAGUGAACUAAGCCUAAGGCCGGAACCCAGAUACUAGGAGGAGAGAAACUGCUUUUUUGUUUUGUUUUUCGAGACAGGGUUUCUCUAAGUAGCCCUGGCUGUCCUGGAACUUGCUUUGCAGACCAGGCUGGCCUCGAACUCAGAGACUCACCUGCCUCUGCCUCCUGAGUGCUGGGAUUAAAGGCGUGCGCCACCACGCCGGACUGAGAAACUACUUUCUGCUGUGAAGGAUGGCCAAACCCACUCUGAGGGGAAAUGGCACUAACUCUGAAUGCCUACGACAGCGCUUCCGGAGAUUCCAUUACCAGGAGGUGGCUGGACCACGGGAGGCUUUCAGCCAACUCUGGGAACUUUGCUGUCGGUGGUUAAGGCCGGAGGUGCGCACCAAGGAGCAGAUUGUGGAAUUGUUGGUGCUAGAGCAGUUCCUGACGGUGCUGCCUGGGGAGAUCCAGAACUGGGUACAAAAGCAAUGUCCAGAAAAUGGAGAGGAGGCAGUGACAUUGGUGGAAGACUUAGAAAGAGAGCCUGGGCGACCUGGACAUUCGGUCACAGUCUCUGUAAAGGGGCAGGAAAUGCACUCGGAGAAGAUGACACCCCCGAAAUCAUCACAGUCGUUAUUAAGUGUUCUUCAGGAGUCAGUGAACCCCCAGCCCAGGGGUGUGUCCAAGAAAGAGAGGGCAAGAAGCCCAGCCCUGGGACUACAGGAGCAGAUGAAACCAAAGGAGACUCUGAGACCUUUCCAAAGGAGCGGAUUUCCAUUUCCUACACCCAAUGUGGUCUCCAGAUUGGAUCAAGGAGAGCCAUGGAUCCCAGAUCUGUUCAGCUCCAAGGAGAAAGAUGUCCCAAAAGGAAACAGCACAGGAGACAAACAAGUUUAUACUGAUCCAUUACCAUCCAAGAGAGAGAGAAGCAGCGGGGUGGAACAGGAUCACUGGGGCUUUGAUGAUGAGAAAGUGGUGGGUGUGCACUGGGGCUACAGAGAGACUAGAACACUCCUUGCAAUUCUCAGUCAGACUGAGUUUUAUGAAGCUCUCCGAAACUGCCAUAGGAACAGCCAGGUGUAUGGGGCUGUGGCUGAGAAGCUACGUGAGUAUGGCUUCCUCCGGACCCUGGAACAGUGCCGGACCAAGUUCAAAGGCCUUCAGAAGAGCUACAGGAAGGUCAAGAGUGGUCAUCCACUUGAUACCUGCCCUUUCUUCGAAGAGAUGGAAGCCCUGAUGAGUGCCCAGGUCAUUGAACUGCCCAUCAGUGGCCUGGAAGAGGCCAUUUGCCAUUCUGGCCAGGCAGGCACUGACAUGGAGCCUGAGGAGCCAGGGCUGAGGGCCUGGCAGCAUGAGGAUGGAGAAGAGGCUGUGGUUGAAGGGUCUGACAUUGAUGACCUGGAGGCAACCCCCCAGGACCCCGACAACCCACCUGCAUCUGUCCUCUUCCGAAGCCCAAGCGGUGUACACUGGGGCUAUGAAGAAACCAAGACUUACCUUGCAAUUCUUAGUGAGACUCAGUUCUACAAAGCCCUCCAGAACUGUCACCGCAACAGCCAGUUGUAUGGAGCAGUUGCUGAGAGAUUAUGGGAAUAUGGCUUUCUUAGGACCCCAGAGCAAUGUCGGACCAAAUUUAAAAGCCUACAAACCAGCUACCGGAAAGUCAAGAAUGGCCAAGCACCAGAAACCUGCCCCUUCUUUGAAGAAAUGGAUGCUUUGGUGAGUGCCCGAGUUGGUGCCCCACCUAAUUAUGACCAGGAAAAAGAAACAGCUUCUUGCUAUCUCCAGGGAACCAGUGAGGCUGAAGCUGAGAAGCAAGCUGAGGACACAGAAGAAGAUUCAGAUGACGAAGAUGAUCCUGAGAUACCCCCAGGGGCUGUUACAACCCGUGCCCCAGUCUUAUUCCAGAGCCCCAGUGGUUUUGAGGCUGGGUUUUAUAAUGAAGAGAAUCUUAAACGAGAUAUUUCUGAGGAAGUACGGCUGCAUAGGACAUUACUUGCAAGGUCUGAAAGGAAAAUUCCCCAUCAUGUUAAUCAAGAUAAAGCUAGUAAGAAUGGAUGUUCAUCAGCAAGCCAGUGGGAAAAGAUUCAAAGAGAGAACAAAAGAAAACCAGCAAUCCCAGAGAAGAAUAUGGGUACAGUCCUGACUUAUCAGAGACCAGGCUUGGGAGAUAGACCCCAUAAAUAUCUCAGAUAUGGCAAAAGCUUUGGCCCAAACUCCCAUCUCCUGUAUCAGGUAUCCCAUCAUGUAGAGAAUCCAUAUAAAUGUGCUGACUGUGGAAAAAGCUUCAGUCGGAGCGCACGCCUCAUCAGACACCGAAGAAUCCACACUGGAGAAAAACCGUAUAAGUGUCUUGACUGUGGCAAAGGUUUCCGUGACAGUUCCAAUUUCAUUACCCAUCGGAGAAUCCACACAGGAGAAAAACCUUAUCAGUGUGGUGAAUGUGGAAAACGCUUCAAUCAGAGCUCAAGUCUUAUAAUUCACCAGAGAACCCACACAGGAGAAAAGCCUUACCAGUGUGAAAAGUGUGGGAAAAGCUUCAAUAACAGUUCUCAUUUCAACGCUCACAGGAGGACACACACAGGAGAGAGACCCUAUGUGUGUCCUGACUGUGGUAAGAGUUUCAGUAAGAGUUCUGACUUACAUGCACAUCACAGAACCCACACAGGAGAGAAACCCUAUGAGUGCCGCAAUUGUGGCAGGUGCUUCAGUAAGAGCUCUGCCCUUAACAAACACCGAGAGAUCCAUACCCGGGAGAAGCUGCUGUCACAGUCAAUGCCUAAGUAAGCUCCCAAGGAAGGUCCUCUCCUGUCUGUGCCCGCUGGCUUAGGAAGCACCACUCAGGACUUUUGCCAUUGUUUGUUCCUUAUGCUUCCCAAAUCUAGCCGAUUCCAAUGUCAGUGGUUUGAAGAUGAAAAGUAGAUUUUGGUCUGAACUGAUGGUAAUAACGUCUUCCCUUGUGCCUGUGCUGUUACCUUCGAGAGGAUAUAUAGUAUAUCCUGUGGAUCUUACGUAUAUCUUCACUCAUCCUGUCAUUCAGUGCACUUCAGUGGGAAAACCCAUCUCAGCAGUUUUUCAAAGAAGUUGUGAGACUACUCAUUAAUUGGGCUGUCUUGCUCACUUAAACCUGUGUAUACUCUUCAUUUAUCUUUUAAAAAGAGUUUAAAGUCC